GAAUUAGGAGAUAGGAACCUUCUCACCCCCAUGUACAAUUAGCAGGAGUUAAUAUUGGUGCUUACAUUAUGGAAAGUGGUCUGAGAAAAUGUUUGCAUACUCUCAGACACAAAAUUUUUGUUUCUAGGAUUAUACUAUAGAAAAAUUUCCACACUGAGUUAUUUGCAGUGGAGACAAGUUGUAGGCAAUCUGUUAUCCAUCACUAGGAAAACACAUAGGUAAAUUAUGUUGGAUGGACAUCAUACAGCAUGUUACUCAAUGUGUAGUCCAUGAACCAGCACCAGUCCUAGGACUCUGUUUCCACUUUAUGAUGAAAUAAUUACAGAAAUUGAGGUGGAACAUUUAAAACUAUUAUAGGAUUUUAACAACGCUAAUACCUUUUUGUAGCUUUUUAUAAAAUAUUGGUCCAAAACAGAAAGUGUUAGAAAGAAAAUGAUUCUUUACCAUAAAACUUUGAUAAACACAUACAUAAAAGACUCCAUGUGUCCGUGAACCCUUGAUUGCAGAAAAUAGUCACUAAGAAGGGGGAAAGGAUAAAAUAAGAAUACAGAAAUAAGUUGGAAUUCAACAGGUGUAUCAAGAUUUCAGAUGCAAUGAUUAGUAUCUAGGCACAUUGAAAAAAUAGUGAGGACAUAAAAAAACAUAAUUAAAUAAAAGUAUGUUUUGUAUGUUCUAGUACUGAUAUAUUUAUGAAAUGCCAAUCAGUUUUCACCCUGGGAUCACAGCUACUGGCCCAUGGCAAUUUUUCCCAGCUGUAUAUGAAAUUAUCUCAGUCAGAUGUCAAAGUCCAGCCUUUAAAAUAUACAUCAAUUAUGUCAUAGAAAAUAUUCUCUAACCCUGCUAUGAAACCAAAUUUUUACACCAUUUCCAAUUAUAGAAUUAGUUCAAGGAUCACAAUGAUCUUAGCUUUCUCUGCAUUUCUUUCUUUGUAUCUUUUCAGGUGAUUCCUAGUCUUUGGUAGUCAUGGAACAAAGCAAUGGCACUCAGGUGACUGAAUUCAUUCUUCUGGGAUUUGCUGGUCAGCACUCAUCUUGGCAUAUCCUCUUCAUGGUAUUUCUUGUGAUUUAUGUGACCACCCUCGUGGGUAAUAUGGGGAUGAUCCUACUCAUCAAGAUUGAUUCCUGCCUUCACACCCCAAUGUACUUUUUCCUCCAACACUUGGCCUUUGUUGAUCUCUGCUACACCUCUGCUAUCACUCCCAGGAUGUUGCAAAACUUUUUAGAAACGGGAAAAUCCAUCUCAUUCAUGGGCUGUAUGGUGCAAUUACUCGUCUAUGGCACUUUUGCAACAAGCGACUGCUAUAUCCUUGCGGCGAUGGCUGUGGACCGUUAUGUGGCCAUCUGUAACCCACUCCACUACCCAGUAGUCAUGACCCAGAGAGUCUGCAUUCAACUCUUAGUUGGCUCCUACCUCAUGGGCUUCCUAAAUGCCUCUGUAAAUACCAGUCUGACUUUCUCACUGAACUUCUGCAAAUCCAAUAAAAUUAACCACUUUUUCUGUGAUGAGCCCCCGAUCCUUGCUCUCUCAUGCUCCAACAUCGAUUUAAGCAUCAUGUUCCUGACCGUCUUUGUAGGGUUUAACUUGAUGUUCACCGUGUCGGUUGUCAUCUUUUCAUACACAUAUAUCCUGGCUGCCAUCCUGAAGAUAUCCUCUGCUGCAGGGAGAAGAAAAGCCUUCUCCACAUGUGCCUCCCACCUGACAGCAGUCACCAUCUUCUAUGGGACCCUCUCUUACAUGUAUCUGCACCACGGGUCCCAGGAGUCUCGAGAACAAGAAAAAAUGGCUUCUGUCUUUUACGGCAUCGUGAUUCCCAUGUUAAAUCCGCUCAUCUACAGCCUGAGGAACCAAGAUGUGAAGGAAGCUCUGAAAGGGAUUGGAAAGAAGUGCCUCUAGUUUGAUCCUCAAUGUCUAAUUCUCUGUGCAUGUAAACAUCAAGACGAGCAGAGCUAAUUUUCAAGAAAUCAAAACAAGAAAGUCAAGCAACAUGGAAAGUGGCUCAUUUUUACUAAGACUGAGCUGCAAAUUAAAGUCAUGAUGAGAUAACAGCUUUCUAUCAACGUGUCUGGCAAAAACUGUGAAAGAAUGGUAAUGCCUAUUAAAUGCUGUGAUGUAAGAAAAAUUAUGUUCUCACACACUGUUAAUAGAAAAUUGAAGUGUUACUUUACAUUAGAAGGAAUCUGGCCAUAUCUUUUUAAAAAAAUA